CUUUCUCGCUCAUGCUCGGCUCUGACCCCUCCCUGCUUGUUCUUCCCACUAAGACUAUUUGUUUCCCAUUGGAUCUGACAGGCUGUGUUCUAUUUUGGGUUAGUUAUUUUUUUUUAAAUCUGUAGCGCCAUCUUGCGGCUGUUGAAAUAUAUACUUCCGUUCGUUCAUGCAAAGUUUACAUCCGGAACGAUUGGUCACAACAAUAACAACCACGACCAUGGCAGCAGCUGGCGCUGACAUGAAGCCCCUUCAGCAUGCCAUGAAAAUAGCUAAAGUGGCUAUACAAUUGGACGCAGGGAACCGACAUAAGGAAGCUUACUGUGAAUACUUGAGGAGUAUCAACUUCAUCACCCACUCACUUUUGGAGGAUGCUGUAUCUAGGCAGGGAGAGAUAGUAGAGGUGGAAAAGAUGUUGAGGCUGGCUGAGCAGUGUUUGGAGAGAGCCAAGUCCUCCUUCAUAGGAAGGAGAGAUGAACCUGCAACCCCUAUCUCCUACACGACACCUAUCAACUUGGCAACACUCAGCCUGACCACAGCCUUAGCAGUAAGCCCUGGAAAGAUUGUUUCGCCACAACCACAAGAGCCGGUUAUUUACUUGGGGCCUAAACAUAACCCCAGGCCUGGACAGCGCAAAGUUCUCUCUGAGGGUGGAGGGGAGGUCAUCACCUUCCUGUCCCCAGAAAUCUUCCAGAGUUUGCAGAUAGUGGAGUCGCAGGAUACCAGGAAGGAGCUUACACCCAUAGAGGAGGCCUCGCGGUUGAACCAGAAGUUGAAAGAAAAUUAUGAAGCUCGUCUGGCCCGACUCCCCCCUGCACAGGCCCGUACACAGAAGACUUCCCUGACACUCUCUCUUCAGAGGCAGAUGAUGGAGAACCUAAUCAUUGCCAAGGCCAGGCAAGAUGCUCUACAAAGGAAGAUGGAGGAGAGGAGACUGCGGCUGCAGGAGGAGGCCAACAGGAGAUUUGCCGCAUCUGGAACAAUUACUGCAGAAGAACAGGAGCAACGUGUUUUGUACACAAAUGUUUUGGAAUAUGAACAAGAUCAUGACUGGCCCAAGCUAUGGAAAGCCAACAUUAAGAAAAAUCCUGAUGAUCCCACAUUGGUGUCCGGCCUUGUUUCAUGUCUUCUCAGCUGUCCAGACCACCCUGUGAUGAUGUUACUGAAAAGGCUCCAGUACAGAGUUUACAACAGGCUCUACCCAAUCGUGAGUAAGAGUCUCCCUACAAGUCCUGCCCUGCCCAUGAAACCCUCCCACAGCGCCCAGAGCCUGUUGAUGUCAGACUCUCAUCAGAAUGUGUCAAAAUCCGAAGUGGGCCACAGUAUGUCCUCCGAUGCCUCUCUCAAUAUCUCCUUCUCCCAUGACCAUAUUGCUAACGAGGAGGAUAGUGAGGGGCCCCAUACACUGGACAGGGAGAAUUCGUUUGAGGAUCUGGAGCAGUUUCUGACACAGCUGGACUGGGCUCCAUCACAUGGGGACCCUGACGUGACCUUUGAACAGUCACAGUUGGAUCAGGAGGAGCCUCUCGUUCAAGACUUGGAGAUGCGUGAUCUCAAAGAACACCUCAAGGCUAUUGUGAAGGACAUCCAUAUUGCCAUUGAUCAACUGCUGUCGCUAUGUCUUCUCUCCUUUGAGUGUCUGAACACAGCCAGUUCUAAGGACCUGUGUGUGGCCAGCAUAGAAGAAGCCUUCUUCACUCCCCUCUGGAGCUCUUUGUUGGCUCUCUUCAGGAAGGUCCACAGAGAGAGGGAGCUGUCCUUUGAGUCCAGUAUGAGGCUUUAUCGGGAUGCCUCACCUGGUGAUGUUGGUGUCCCAUCGAAACUCUACCCCCAGGACCCUGUCAUGCUGCAUGGUUCCUACCCCUAUGACUCGGCAGUGCAAGAGCUUCGCUUGCUGUGCAGAGAUUGCUGUCCCCAGAGAAAGCUGGAGUGCAUUGUUCGAACGUUGCGUCUGAUCUGUGCUUGUGCUGAGGACUACUCCUGCCUUCAUGAGGCAGAAUCCAAAACUGCAGCCAUUGGGGCAGAUGACUUGUUGCCCAUCCUCUCCUAUGUGGCUCUGCACUGUGAGCUGCCUCAGUUGGUGUCAGAGUGUGCUGCCCUGGAGGAGUUCAUUCAUGAAGGGUAUCUGAUUGGAGAGGAGGGCUACUGCUUGACCUCCAUGCAAAGUGCUCUGCAAUAUGUGGAGUCAUUGCACACAGGAGGGUUUCAGCUACACAACACUAAAUUCACCUGAUACAGCUGGAAUAACAGAUUCGGUUUAAACGUCAGUCCGACCACCUCCCGAUUCAUGCAUCCAAAAUUGGAACAGUCCAUCGUUGCUGUGGAUUGUCAUGAUUUGUGGUUUCUCUGUUUCCUUUGUCAUUGAGUGGCAAAUCAAUGUUUUACUGAAUUUAAUCUUGUUUUAUUGGAAUUUGGGUAUUUGCAUUCUUAGUUCAUCUCCUAUUGAUCUGAAAUGAUUCUGUGUAACCACACACAUGGGUUCGGUACUACACUUCAACAUAACAUGGUGGUGCAGGCUAGUGCUGCAGUCCGAUUCGCUAUCCUUCUCUCAAGUGUGCACUCGUUCAACCCUCAUGGAUAUCACAAGGAUUGAUGUAAAAGGGAAACUCCCUAACUCAUGCUUAUGCUAAUCCAAUGUUUUUAACUCCAUGAGGGGGUGUGAACAAGUGUACACUUUGGUUAGAGGAGUAAAGGAUCGGAAUGCAACCUAGGAGCAAGUGAAUAGCAUAUUUUCUACACCAAAGAACAUUGAAGUUCUUUGAUUGGAAGAGCGUCCUUUAAAUGCUGUAGCGGGACACAUUGUAGCUCUCACUAGUCUAUAGCAGGUGUACUGAAAUAAUAUUAUAAUAUAUAAAUAAUAUUAUUUUACACAAACUUCCUAGGUGGCAGAGGUCUGGAUGUUAAUUGUAAUUUACCUUGCAAUCCAUUUGACCCCAAACUGUUCACUCCUCUUGUUGGCAGAGAAAUGUGCAGUUUUAGAGCUAAUUUCCUGCAAUUCUACACAUCUGUUUGUUCAUAUGAUACCAGGAGUUGAAUCCCAACUGAACCACCCCCCCCCCCCCCCACCCCCCAAAAAAAUAUUUUUAAGUCUGGACGCACGGUCUGUAUUGAACCCGUUCUGGGUCCGGAUCCGGCCUGCAGACUACCUUUUAGUAUUGCUGGUGUAUAGGGUGUUGUGUACCAAUGAAUUGAGCGCUUGUUGUUUGCUAUUUCAGGCUGCUGCUUUGAAAUGGAAACCAGUAUUCCCUGUGUUGCAGUGCUCUGAAGUGGCAGUGCCUGUUAGCUGCAGACUGGACUACGGUUCAACUUAAUUCAGUGUUCUGAGCAAGAAAUGACUUUGGCUGUCAAAUUAAUUUUCUUAUUUAAGUUAUGCAACAAUGGUUCUGAUGGGCUGGACCUAGUUUCCAAGUUCUGUUUCUGUUCACCCAGGUGAUUUGACAAAGCCUGACUGUUACCUGGACUAGCUGCAAUGUGGAAUUUCUUUGCUUAUGACUGCCAGUGAGGGGCAUUUAGGUCAAGUGAUUGAAACUUUGUCAUCCGUCAACCUGAAGUCUGCAAAAUAUUUUAAUGCUAUUGUCCAAUAUUGCUCAGUUUUAUUGCUUUCGUUUAGGAACUGACCCUGUCAUUUUAUUAAAUGAAUGUCUGAAAGAUGACUAUGUACUACCAUAGAGCAACAUGUCUCUUUUGAAACUAAAAAAAAAAAGCAUGAAUUGAUAAAUUAUUGUGGAGCUGCUUACAGAAUAUUAAUAGAAUAAUUUAUUUUAGAUGUCAGGAUUCCAGUUCAAUUUUAAUGCUUGCAUUCAGGUUAUGUUUUAAGGUAAUGCACACAUGUUGCUAAAUAACUAGGUUGGUGUGAGUGAUUUGAAACUAUGCUAAGUAUUGCAUUUCGUGAGAAUGUGUGUUCAUGCAAGAAUUUGUAGGGACAAUGCCUCUGAAAAAUUGCAUGCAAAAUUGAGAUAUGGGCCCCCCAAAAAAACAUUUUGGGACCAUGAUUAGAACUAAUUUAGUGUCAAAUUAGUUUUGAAUUUAUCUAAAUAUUUAAGUGUUUUGUGCAUUUGGGUGGAUGGAGUUCUAGGGGGGAUUUUCACAGGGUUAUGGUUAAUCGCUCUUCUGGCAAUAUUCUUUUAAUUCAAUUCUGACUUCACUUCUGAAAGUCUCAUCAGUUAAACUAAUUCACUGUAAUAGCGUGGACGCCAGCAUGCACUUGCAGAUAAGAUAUUAAUUGUUUUGCUACUGUGGUUGAACAUUUUAACAACAAUGUUUUAUACUUACAGAAUAUAUCAUGAACUGGUGUCAGUACAGUAUUAGGUUGAGGUUUAAAGUGGGAUAGGGAUGGAUUUAAGGGAGAGUUUUAGUGUUUGGUCAACUCUCAGCAUGUCCUCUAGUCACUCAAAGCACUGCCUCAUCUUCAAUGGUUGCAUUCCAGGCUGACUGCAUUGCACAACGCCAAGAUGGGUUUUUAAUAUAUUCGCCAACCACAUCGUAUGAUAUUGCAAUCUGAUGCCAAAUUGCACAUUUUGACGAAGCGCGCAACCAUUUGUUGAUGUAAUGCAACGCCUUUGACAUAGUCGGCCUGUCUCUCACAGCUAUAUGAAAACGCAGCGCACGGACAACUCUUAAUACCUGGUUUAUUGACUAAAUUUAUCAUUUUUAUUCAUACUGUUUUAUGCUGUUUGUUUUCUAUUUAAUAAUUUUUAUUUGGUCUGUUAAAGAAAUGAAUGGGUCCAAAAGAUGUAAAAAUGUUUUUGACAUCCUAAAAUAAUUGUACCACCUGUCAGCAUUGUCUUUUGAAACCAUCUGUGAAAAUUGUAACGCCAAAAAUGUGCUAAUAUGUACUGUGUAUAUUUAUGUGAGAAGUAUAUAAAUAAUAAUAUAAUGGACAUAAUGGGAUGUAAGGAAUGCUGUUGUAUUUCACACAGUAUGUGAACCACUACAUUGACUCAACUAAUUAUGACCUGUAUUUGUUGUUUUUUGCUCUUGAAGCCUUAUGAACAUGUAUGUUGGUUAGACUCAGAUUCAAUAUGCUAUUUUAUUGGAGAACCCCCCCCAUAGACAUUCAUCUGUGUGGAGGGUCUUAGUCUGGGUGGUUAUGAAUAUAUAUGUGUGUGUGUGUAUAUAUGUGUUGUCCUGGAGGUUUAUAACAAUAAAGAAGUUGAGGAAAAGUG